AAUAAGUUACCAAAAUUACGGUCUGAACUCAUUUCGAAGAAUUUGCAAAAAAUUUGACUAAUCAAAUUUCUUGAAUAAAAACAUCCAUAUACAAAGGGUCCAUUUUUCGUGCUCCACCAUGGAAAUCUUAGUUAUUGUAAGAGAUACGAGGUCGAUUAAAUUAGGGCAAAAUUGUGCAUUUUUAUGAAAAUUUGAUGUCAUUUUUUUCACUUUUAAAUUUUUUCUUUUUUUUGAUGUCAUUUUUAGUUUUUGAAUUAUUGGAAAAAAAACGGAAAUUUGUAGUUGACAUUGAACCAAAAUUGAGUGUUACUAUAACUCACUCGCUCAUCAAGAACGCCUUGGAAAAAACAAAUUUUUUUUUGAAUAACUCAAAAACUAAAAGGAAUUUCGAAAAAAAUAUUCUUGAAAAAUGAGACAUUUUUAAAAUAUUUAGUUCAUGAUUGGGAACAAAAUACGUGCACUAUUGUUUGCAGCUUAUCGUCAUGUGAAUGUUUAUUACUAAGUUUUAAGAUUAUUUAUUGCUUAGUUUUUAGAUUAUAACACCUAUUUCCAUUAUUUUGCAAAAUAUGAAUUUAUCAAUAAUAAUUAAAUUAAAAACAUGAAAAUACUACAUCGGAAUUUUAUGAUUUCUAGUAACGGAAAUUACUAAAAUUGCCAUCGCAUGUAAUACGCCUAAAGCAAACCUUGAAUAACGCUCCAGAAAUUAGAAAAACAUAUUUGUUUAUUUAUUAGAAGGUUCAAUAUUUGCGAUAAAUAUUUAACAUCCUGAUUGUAGUAGUUUUUCAAAAUGAAAUGUGUAGUUCUAUGACCAAAGAAAAAAAAAAAAGGUUUCCUUUACCUAAUUAAUGUAGGUAUAAAUAAUAACCACUGACCACUGAGUUGAAAUGUUGUUUGUUAAUAAAAAGUGUAGGCAACCAAUUUUACGCCAAGCCUAGCAUUGGUCGCUCUUACCGCUGAGUUUUUAUUUUUGUCACAAACGGAUAAGAAAUAUCAAAUACGAAAAAAACAUUUCGUUCGAAUAGAAUCAAACAAAAAUUGGAAAUUUUCAUUGCGGCGAAAAGUGAAAUUUAUAUUAAAAUAUUCAGCGAACGUCCAUAAAAUGCAAAAAUUAGAAUUAAAAAUACAUAAAAUCGCAAUAACCGUCGAUGAGUGAGCGAAUAUUUCAAUGACAUCAUAAAUCUUCGUCGGGAUUUACUAUUGGCGUAAAAGUGAAAAGUGAAAGAAUAUUUACGUAAUGAUAAAUUCGGUUUAAAAAGUAGUUAAUGGCGUCACAAACUAGCGACGGGAAGUUGAACUUGGAGGAGUUCUGGGCGCUGUGUCGGGCGCUUUUCCGCAACAGCAAAGGCGUAACCUACGAAAUCGAAAGACACACUUUAGAGACAAUUUUCAACGUCUUUGACAAGAACCAGGACGGGAGCAUCGACCGCGACGAGUUCGUCACCUGCUGGAACCUCUGGAUCAAAACAAUCGUCAAACCGGUCUCUGCGGCCCUCAUUAUCGACGUGCAAAACGAUUUUAUCACCGGGAGUCUCAACAUUACGAACUGUCCGGCCAAACACCACGGUGGAGAUGUCAUACAACCCAUCAACAAUUUGCUUGAAACGGUCGAAUUUGAAACAGUGGUGUAUUCCUAUGAUUGGCACCCCAAUGACCACGUCUCCUUCAUUGACAACAUCUCCUUGAGAAAACUGCACGAAAGCAGCCCCAUUUCGGCCGAAAACGCCAAAGUCUACGACACGGUGGUCUUCGACAGGGAGCCCCCAAUGGUCCAGAAGCUGUGGCCAAGGCACUGUGUGCAAAACACCUGGGGCUCCGACCUCCACAAGGACCUCAAGGUUGUGGAAAACUCGACCAAGAUCUACAAGGGCACAAACCCGGACGUGGACUCGUAUUCCCUCUUCUGGGACAACCAGAAGCUCACCGACACUAAAUUAGACUCGCUGUUGAGGGCCAGGAACAUCACAGAUUUGUAUUUGUGUGGCUUGGCUUACGACGUCUGUGUUGCUUCCACAGCCAAAGAUGCAAUUGCCAGUGGCUAUAGAACAGUUCUCCUCGAUGAUUGUUGUCGAGGAGUCGAUCUUUUAGACAUUGAGAAAACGAAGAAUUUCAUUCAAGAAAAUCACGGUCUCGUUGUGGAUUCAAGUCAAGUUAAGGAGAUGGUGGAAGGGAAUGACAGAAGGCCCGAGUUAGGAUUAAAAUUAGCUUUAGAAUUACAGCAAAAGAGGCAGUAGAGGUUGCGGAAUGUGGCUUCGUACUUAAUUUUCUAUUUAUUUGUUAAAUUAUUCUUCUAAAUGUAGGCAACCAACUAUACGCUGAUUGAUUGUUGCAAAAAUGUUUCAAGGUUGUGUAACGUUACGGGUGAUUGCAUUUAAUUACGAAUAAAUAAGCUAAUCAUCUUGACUUAGUACCAAUAAAAACAAUUAAAGAAAUUAUGAUGAAACGCACCAAUUAAACGGGCACACCGACUUAGAAUAAACUGUAUUAAUUCAUAGACAAUAAUAAAUUAUGCACUGAUUAUGUCAUCAACUCUGUUAAAAGCUUCAAUAAAAGGAACAAAACAUG